UGAGCCACCCUGUACGUAAACAAGUUUGAGCUUCUUUUUGACGUUUUUCUGUUGUUCUCCCGUUUUUGUUUUCCCUACCCUUUGUGCAAUCUGCGAAAAACUCCCCGCAUAGGCCACGCCCUCUUUUUGAGCUCGUUCAUCUCGCUCGUUCGCCAUAUGUUUUUGAAAAGGCUUUUUCGCGGUCUCGAGCAUUCACGUCGCGCCAGUCGAACGGAAACCAACGCCGCAACAACGCAUGCGCCCGCGCCCGUCGGUUCAGAAAACAAACAGCUCGUUCGUCGUCGCCGUCGUUGUCAUCCGCAGAGCAAAAGUGUUUGCCCGGUGUCGUGUGGAUUUCGCGAAGAUUUUGUAACGGUGCCGCACGUUUUGCUGCGUUUCGUGCGGUUUUAUUCGUUUCUUCCGUCAAGGGUGAUCGGUUUCCCCUAAAUGUGUUCACGUGUGUAUUGAUCGAAAGGAGCAGAGUGUACACGUUGGCGGGGAAAAGGGGGUGUGUAAUUUUUUUUUCUCUCUAAUGGUGUAUCACUACCCGGUUGCUGUUUUGGUGGGUCACUGUAACGUGCGUUACCUACCCGUAUCGGUGGCAAAGUAGUCAAGCAGGAGCACUAGUGAUCACUGUGUGUGCGCGCGCGUUGUUUCGGCAUUCGUGCGACAAGUGUCUGUUGGUUGUGCGUUCGCUCACGCAUACACUUUUCCGUGCCGUGUCCGUGUGCUGUGUUGGUAAUGCUUACUGAUAAGGGUCGAAUCAUAGUACCAUCAUAGUACCAGAAGCAGAAGUGAGAGAAGCAAAAAAAAAUCAAUCGAACGUGCGCGUGUGUGUUUGUGUGUAUGUAUGUGUGAUUUUGUAGCUGUGGUUGUGUGUUUUUGAAGGAAGAAUUUUGCAGCACGAACCUCCACGAGUCCUUAGUCCUUUCGUUCCAUGGUGAACUAUGGAUGAUUUCAAUCGCUUUAAUGUCGUGAUUUUAAGCACCCGCGUGCGUGACAUUGAUAAGUGCUCUGCUGCGGUUACUUCGAUGUGUCACUAGAAUCAAACAGGAUUUGAGUUAUGAACUGUCAAACUGCGUUGAAUAUUGAAGAUGAAAAAUUGAAGUAAAAAAGUGUAAAAAAAAGUUUUCGUCGUCGGUAAAGCUGUUUCUUACCUCAAUAAGUGUCCCGUGUUGAGUGCAAUUGAAAAAAAAUGUGCUAUUCGUUGACGUUUUAAAGGAAUUCCUCGCUGGAACGACGCCAUUUUUGAAGUUUUAGACCACAACCAUGCAAAGCUAGCGAGCGUAAAAACAGCUUACAUUAAGUGUGCAAAAGGAAGGACUGUGUGGCGAACCUCGAUCACGAACCUGCCUCAAACCACUAACCGUACAUCCGAUCAGUUUUCGGAAGAUAUCCCGAAGGAAGUGAGAAGGGGACCACAGCCUGGGCGGCCUGUUCCGGUGCCGGUGGACCGUUUCGUGAAAUACGUGCGACACGGUGGCUACGGUGACGUUGCACACGGCAGAACACGGGGUGCCCGGUGCGAGGACCCCGCUGGGUGUAGUACCGGUCAACAGCAUCAACCAGCCACCGAUCUCUCACAUGGGCGUGUGCACGGAGGAGCGCCCUGUAAUGCAUUGGCACCCGAGUGCUCGGUUUCUGGGCCCGCCGCGAGAGCGAAGCCCGGACCUGUCGAAUGCAUGCCAGCUCAACAGCAACAACAACAACCUCAACCAUCGGACCUGCAUCUCCUGCACGGAUACGUGCGAACACAGCCUAAAAGUGGCCGGUGGCAACGGUUUGCUAGGUGUUAACCAUCUUUACGCGGACAGCUGCCACAGUUUCGAGUCACCGGAUCGGCUGAUAGCGGACAGACCAAAUUACUAUGCCGAUCUCAACCGGAGCGACUGCUCGGACAGCUCCAGCGUGCUGAAUAGCUGCAUCCAGCUUAAAUCGGAACCACCGGGCGGUCCGAGCAGUCCGGAAUCUUCCAACGAGUUACCGCCGACCGGGCUGGACGAGUGUGCGGGCUGUGAUAUGCCGAUUCAGGAUCGCUUCUACCUGUCAGCUGUGGAGCGCAAGUGGCACGCUAGCUGUCUACAAUGUUGCAUCUGCCGGCAAACCCUCGAAGGUGCCAAUUCCUGCUUUUCACGCGAUGGCAAUAUCUACUGCAAAACGGAUUACUACAGGGUAUUCGGUUCGCGACGGUGCUCCAAAUGCUUGGCAUCGAUUAGUUCCUCCGAGUUGGUGAUGCGCGCCCGGCACCUGGUGUUCCAUAUACGAUGUUUUUCCUGCGCCGUCUGCAAUACGCCACUCACCAAGGGCGACCACUUCACGAUACGGGACUCGGCCGUCUUCUGUCGAUCACACAUUGAGCUUCCGCUUGAGGCGACGACACCGCUACCUGGCAUGCCGAUGCAGUGUCCUUACCAGAGCCAGUACGGCACAUCGCCGAGUGCACCGCUCAGCCCGAGUGACUCGACGACGAGCGGUGGCAAGCUAAAUCCGGCCACCUAUUACCCACCGCAUGGCGUCACCGGUCUACCGCAACAACCUCGUCAGAAGGGACGACCUCGGAAGCGGAAACCCAAAGAUAUCGAAGCCAUGACGGCUAGCCUCGACCUGAACACCGAGUAUUUGGAUCUGGGCUUUAGCCGAGGUCUUGGGUCAUCGUCGCGCGCCAAACGGAUGCGGACGUCCUUCAAGCAUCAUCAGCUCCGUACGAUGAAGUCCUACUUCGCCAUCAACCACAAUCCGGACGCGAAGGAUCUGAAGCAGCUGUCACAGAAAACGGGACUGCCGAAACGUGUGCUACAGGUUUGGUUCCAGAACGCACGCGCAAAAUGGCGCCGAAUGAUGAUGAAGCAGGAAGGCAAAAUCAUUGAUUCGGACAAGGGCGACGGUUCGCUCGAUCUGGACGGGUACGUUUCGCACAGCCCCGGUUCGUACAUUAUGGGCGGCCCGGGUAGCCCAUCGUCCCUCGACUAGCAACAGUCACAGUCGAGAAUGCAAUGGCAAGUGCAUCUUCGGCGCUGGAUACGACGGUUACUCGGUGGAACGGCACCCAGCAAUGGCCACAAUGAAGCAACCACACCGGCAUCACGUUCGCAGUGAAAUGUGAAAACUCAAGUGCGGCUUGUGCACCGUGUGUGCGCGCUAGUGUGUGUUUGAAAGUUUGUGUAACAAGUGCAACAGUUGCAACAGAAACAUCCAAUCAUGCGACCAAAAACCAAUGGAAAAUUCCGAACGUACAAUACCUCAAGUGAAAAGAAGAAAAAAACACGGCACACGCAAGCAGGAAAAAAAACCAGUGGAAAUGAAAAUGUAAAUCGAAUCCCCCAAAAACAGGUUGUGCGUUCGUGGUCUCACCAUUUUGCGUUUGGACCGUUGAUCGUGCGUGUGCUACCAUGCCUGCUCACGGUCAUGUCGCGGAACACAAUGAUGUUAUUAUAUUCAAAUUUUUGUGCUUUUUUUUCCUUUUCUCUCUCUCUCUCUUAAUUCCUCCAUUUCCGACCGAUUAUUCGGCUCGUAAGCAGAGGACGAGAAAUGGAACGCGCUGCAUCGCAAAUGGGGGAGGAAAUCUGCAAGCCGGGAACAGGAACGGGAAUGGGUUUUUGGCACGGAGCAAGAAGUAAAACGAAACUUACUUGUACAUGCAAUGAAUGUAUCGAAAGCGUAAGCAUGUCGCCCCGUUAGCUUUUGCGGUGGAAUUGAAUUCUUCCCACUCACUGGCCGCCGGAUGCCGGAACAUCUUUUCCCUUGCGGCUUGCAUCGGUACACCUUUCAGCACAUGUCGUUGUUGAGGUUUUGUUAGAGGGUAAAUGCUUUCGGCGUUCGGCAAAAGCCAAUCCCCCCAUGUGUAUUCAUGUGCGUUUGCCCCCUUUUUGCCCCAUGUCUCAGUGGGCGGGUUCGAAAUGAUGGAAAAAUCUCAACGUUCAAUACAACGAAAAAAAAACACACAAAAAAACAUCAUACAGGAAGCAAUAGUGAGCAAAAAUGUUGUAGUAAAAAAUGUAUAAAAAAAACCGCAACACAAAAAAAGGAACAUAAACGUGCCCAGUAAAAAGCAAAAGGGUUGAAGAGAAGCAAACAAAACAAAAAACGAAACUUGUAUCAAACUGUAGGAAAAAAGCAGAAGCAGCACAACAACAGCAAAAAAAAACCUCCCAGUGCAACAUACAUACAUGCUGAGAUAUGAACAAAAGAUAGAACACGAGAAGAGGAAACAAACAUAGCAGAGAAAAAAAAAGAAAAGACAAGAGUACACAUUUUUAUAAACCAACGAAUCCAACGCGAAUAGUGAACUGUUAGGGGUUGGGGUAGGAAAAAUGCCUCCAACUCGUAGCUAAAACCCAGUGCUGGCGUGUGUGGAAAGAGAUAAAAGAAAACACAACAACUAAAAGUGAGUAUAAAAAAAAAUGGCGGCAUAGUUGAGGCUUUUGCUAGUCAAACAUCAUCGCGCACACUCACAUAAACCGAAUAAGUCGGUGUGGAAGAGAUUCUUAAUAAUAAUGUAUGCACAUAUGAUUACCAGCAUACAUAUGCAUACUUGGUAUGAUUUUCUCAUGUUCAUGAUCGGCCACAAAACAAACGCGUUCGUGCGUUUUUGUUGACCGGCUAACCAUGUCUUUCAGCUUGAUCUAUCCGCUUACCCGACCCGAUCGACGGCCAUUUUUUUAUAGCAUGUUUUUCCUUCUUGGCGUUGCUUUGGACAUUGAAUGUCCCCGCGCAUGCGUAAGAUUGGUCCACAAGGAUAAUCUCACCAGUAGCGAUGGUUCGUUGGUGACGUUGGGUUUAUUGAUUUGAAUCGGAGUUGAUUGAUCAAUCUCCGGUAGCUACGUUUCCUUUCCGGGAAUUUGAUUUUGCAAAAAAAAAAACGCCCGUUUCAGGACUCAUGAAUUGCAAAUUGUGGCCCAGGGCCGUUGUUGCGGUCGGUUUUGCGGACGAAAUCCACCCGAAAGGAAGAAGGAUAAUCCAUACGCAAUGGCGAUUAUCCCACAAUGGUGUUCCGCAGACUGAAGUCGAAGACUUCCAGUGUAAUAAAUUCAAUCCAGUGUACAUAAAAAGACAAUCGAUUUUUGUCCACCUCUUUGGUAGACCCGGUGCGUUUAUAUGUAUGUUGUUGUUUUCUUGUAACAACUUCGACGAACGGAAUUGAUUCAGAUGCUUGCUUGUUAGGGGAAAAUGGCCAAUUCUCAUGUACUCAUUUCCAUUGAAUGGAACCAUUAACUAAAUGUAGUUUUUCGAUCGAUCAGCAAGUAUUUAUGUGUCUUUCUUUUUAUUUCAUUUAAAUCUUUUCGUAUCACAAAACAUGACACGGAACACUUUACCAUAAAGUUACAUAAGUUACAUCGAAACAAAACAAAAAAAGCCAAAUUCCUAAUUUACUUCCGGUGUUGCUUAAUUUUCCACUUCGGGUGAUGUAUUAUCCGCCUCACUGUAGUAACUGUGUCGUGUUUUUUAAAAGAAAUGUAACAAAUGUUUAAGAUUUAUGAAGCAAAGCAGGAGACCCUCUUUUCCUACGUAAGGUUCAUGCGAUGAAGAAAAAUGCUCAACCCAAAAAGAAAGAAAAAAACGGAAGGAAAGCCCGAGAAUAAGUAUGGCUGCGUCACAAAACAGGACAACAGGUUUGAUCCCGAACAAGUAAGGUAGUUCAUAAUUUAUCGUAAUGCUGGAGGGAAAGGUUUGAUUUUCCACCAUGCGUUUCUGUAUUAUGGUCCUUUUGCUGAAGUGGGACAGAAUGGAGUGUGUUAGGUUAAUAACGGUGACCCAGUAACUCACGGUAGCGAAAUUAAAUGCUCAAGCAAUUGAUGUAAGCAGUUUCAGGCGACAAAAAAACAGAAGCCGGGAUCGAGCACUAAACAUAAGUCUGCAGUAGUGUGGUGGCAUUCACUGACACCAAACACCCCCUUUUUGUACAGCGCUGGCUAGCGAAUAAAUACCUUAAGAUUAGAUGGUAAAAAUAUUUCCUUUCCGCAUGAGAAGGAACUAGAUUGUAGCGUGCUGUUUAAGGGCGGAAGACGCUGUUGGGCGCUUAUCCUAAGGAACGAAGAUUCUUAUUUAUAUUAAUGCGAAGCUAGCUAUACGAUACAACACAACACACACGUACAUUUUAAGGCAGUGCUAAUGCGGAAGGGACAAAAAAGUUUAACUAGUGAUAACAUUUUCAAAAACUUCCUUCCUCUCACUGAACCACGGAUGGAUAUGAAGGUUGUUACAAAAAAGUGCACCGAAAAGCGGCGUCAAGCUGUACGGUGAAGUAGAACAAAUAAAGAGAAAGAGAACAGAAACAUUAAAA